GAGGCGAGAGCGCGCGGAACCGUGUCCUGAGAUCAACAAUUAUUAUUGUCUAGAAGUGAGUAUGUAACAGUUUUGGCCGAAGCAUCUCCCAGGCGAUCUCUUUGAAGCAGAGCCCCGUGCCGCGCUCGGCGCGUAUCUGCCGCAAUGGCCCGCUCCGCGUCCCUGCUGAUCGCUUGCGCUGUGGCCGCCCUCGCCGCUCUGUCGGUGGGCUCCCUCGUGCUGUCCUUCGUCGGCGCCUCGUCCCCGGCCUCAGCGGGCCUCCGGACGGUGCAACGUGCUCCCGCCGUGGAGAUGCAUUUUUUCGGCGGCCCGCCGGUGACGACCACGCCCCCGCCGCCCGUGGGCUUGGGUGGCGUGGACGGGAACAACUACGCGAUCUCGAUCACCAUCCUCUUCUUCGGCUCGGUGCUCGCGAACGCCAACGGCUUCUUCGGACCGUGGUGAGAUCCCGAGCGCUCUUCGGGCCAGUAGGUGGGCCUGCUGAGGUGGCUUCUCGACAGCGCCACGUUUUCCUGUGUUGCGUGCCAUUUACGGGCGCCGCUUCUGCAGCCAGCGAACAUCUAGGUUUCCUUCGGUGCGCUAGUUGUUGAAAAAAAGAAGUGAGUAUGUAACAACCGUCAUUUUCCCCUCAUGGGCGAUAUUUCCAUACGAGGCAUGCGAC